UGCGCAGGAGAACGAGGAGAGGCGUGAGAGACGAUGACGGAUAUGGAGCUGUCGGGCUCGGCGCGCCUCGGCGUGGAGCUGAGCGCCGACCCGGGGCUGAUGGACGCGGCCGCGUUUCGCGCCGUGGUGCGGGACGCGUACGCGGCGCUCGGCGAUAAAGAGACCGGGGGGAGCCGCAGUGUGGAGGAGUCGUCGGGCGGCGCGGCCGUGAACGCGGCCACCCUCAAGCUGUGCCACUCGGGGCUGCUCGCCCUGGCCCUCGAGGCCGCCCGACACGGCCUCGACCCUGCUCGGCUGGGGCAGUGGAUGGAGGAUUUUAAGUUCAGCGCUGACCGAGUGGCAAUAUUUACUACGGCUUACCAGGAUAAUCUAGCUGAUAUGAAACUGCUGCUUGGACGAUUGGGUCACGCACCACGGACACUUGUUGAUGUCACCUGGCGUCUGGAUUACCACAUUAAGAACAGUCAUCUGCAGAAGGUUGAUGAGCCAUACUACCAGAUCACCCUACACACAGAGGUUGGAUGUGAAGCUUCACUCUGUCCUGUAACAUUCACUUGCAACAGGGAGCAACUCCAGAAACUGUGCCGUGUGUAGGAUCUGCUGGGGAAACUCAAAGACGCGGCCAAGAGUCUAGAGAAGGCAGCCCAGGUCUGAAGUUGUUACGAUGGCUGGCUGGGAAAGCAGCAACAAAGUCCCACACCCUUAAUGAAGUCUCCACUCGCACCUGGUGCUCUUCCAACAACUCUCUGGACGUGCCUUGGCCUUGACACAUGCAUAUUAUGUUCGUAAGCAGCAUUCGCUUUACAAGGUGUUUUCAUCGUCCAUUUGGAGUGAUAAAAAUAUCCAAAAAAUGUUCAGUCAUAUUGCUUCAGUUCGUAAAUAAAAAGGAAGUUAAUAAGAUUCACCAUACAAUUUUGGAUCAGGCCACGUAACGAUCUGACAAAAAUAAAGUUGCAAGACCCUCCACUAUCCAACACGGCCAAACUAAAUAAAAUUGUCACGUGUGCAAUGAUGGUCAGGUCACGUACUGGUCAGAUCUUUGUGUGGCCUUACCCAAAAGUCAAUUAUGAAUAAUAGCAUUGGCUGCAAAUGCCUGUGUGUGACAUUUAAUAAAGAAACUGUAUGGUCUACUUUUAAAUAAAUAGUAUACCGUGCAGUGAAAAGGUGCAAUGUAAUGUUUAUUUGAAGACCCAAGCAUUCACUUGACAUUUUCAUAAUUGUUAUGACACUUCUCUGUGGAUUGAAAUGUGGAUGUUUAAAACAUCCACGUUCCACAUGUACUCCUAGAAACACCGUUUCAAAUGCUCAAUUAUUCGUAUUUUACAAGGGAGGUUAGGAAGUGUGAAAAAUUAUAAAAAAAAAUAACCGUUGAUGUAUGACUUUCCUCUAAUAUGAACAUGUGGAAAUGUGUGUGAUACAUAAUGUCUCUUACAAUGUUUGAAGAGAGGCACGUGACCUGCAGUUCUGCAUUGUUAUAGCCCACGCUGAACACUGCCACUUGUGAAUUUCAUGGUUGCAGACGCAUGGUGUUGCAUUUAUUUUACAGGGCCAAUGUACAUGACGUUCAAAACGCAGUGGUGGGCAGGAGAGAUUUAUCCAGAUUACAAAACACGCGUUGAAUUUAAUUUUAAAGCACUUGUGAUUUUUAGAGCGGGACACUGCACGAUUUUGAGGACUAAUCUCAGCUGACCUUUCCUGGAGACGAUGGUAAUUGUGGAAAGAUCAGGAUGACACUUCCGGGUUUGACCCGGACCGUCUGGCAAUUGACCUCUCUGGGUAACAGAAAUAGAUUUUGCACUGAGAUCUGGUCCCAGUAUUAUGUUGAAUUGUAAUAUAGUAUUCUGCACAGUUUUGAUGAUAGACCCAGGCUGACUGGGAAAUAGGUCUGGGUUUGACCUGUGGUAAAGAUGGCCAUGCUCCUGGGAGAUUGGCACAAACGCGACGGGGUCUUGGGAGGAGUACCUGUAAUCUCACCGGUUCGAAGCGGGAUGGUUACCAUUAAAUUACUUCGUUCAGAUUGCAUUCCGAUAUUCCCUGUACAGUUAUGAUGAUGGUGUCUGCACGUCAGGGUUUGUGCACCGAUGUUCAUGGGUAAUUUAAGUUGGUGACAAUGCAGCUGUGUGUUUAGUUCCAACUGCUGUGUGAUGCUCAUGAGUUAUGAUUAUAUUAAAUACGUUGAAAUCUG